AUGGCCCCAGCAAUUCUAGUCUGUGGUGCCACUGGCAAGCAAGGGGGCGCACUCAUCAACCAGUUGAUCCGAGAGAACGCGGACUUUGAAAUUUUAGCCCUUACUCGGGACGAGAAAUCACCGUCCGCCCAGCGCCUAGUACAAAAGUCUCCAAACAUCAAACUCAUCCAAGGAGACUUGGCGGAUCCAACAAAAAUCUUUGACGCGGCGGAAGCAGUUGCCGGAGGUCCGGUCUGGGGUGUCUUUUCUGUCCAGGUUGUAAUGGGCUUUACCAGCGGAGCAGACGCUGAAUACACGCAAGGACGAGACCUUGUCGACGCGGCUCUCAAAGCCGGCGUCAAGCACUUCGUCUACACCUCCGUUGACCGCCACGGAGAUGCAUCCAUCGACAACCCAACCAAUGUUCCCCAUUUUAUCAGCAAGCACAAGAUCGAAAAACACUUAAUUGACAGCACCAAGAAUGGCGAGAUGACAUGGACCAUUCUUCGCCCUGUCGCUUUCAUGAAGAAUUUCACGGACAACUUCUUCGGCAGAUUCUUCGUGACGACUUGGAAGAUGGCCGUCAAGGAAAAGCCACUUCAGUUGAUUUCUGUUGAUGACAUUGGUGCCGUCGCAGCUCAGGCGUUCCUUCGCCCGGACCAGUGGAAGAAUCGUGCCAUCUCCCUUGCGGGCGAUGAGUUGACUAUUGACCAGGCCGGUGAGAUUUUCAAGAAGCACACUGGAGAGGAUCUUCCAUGGACCUACCAGUUUAUCUGCUCUCUUCUGACCUGGGCUGUGAAGGAUAUGGGGUACAUGUUCAGUUGGUUCUACGAUAUUGGUUAUGCGGCCAAUAUUGAGGAGGUCAGGAAAAUUCACCCAGGGCUCAAAGACUUCGAGACCUGGCUGGUCACCGAUAGCCAGUUUGCGAAGAAAGUAACCAAAUAG